AUGAAGGAUUUGAAGAUUUUUCCUUAAUUGAUUUGGCUACUUUUAGCCUUCAAUUCAGUUUUUUUUUCUUGUUUAAUUGUGAAAUUUGUGAAUUUAUAGAUAUAUAUUAUGAUAUUGGUUUUAUUAGGCUGUUUAUAAUUCAUCAUGGUCCUCCAGCUUAAAAUUUAUUAUUGA